UAUGAUGCUGUAAUUGUGGUGACAUUAUUAUCAUAUUUGAUGAUGAAUAUGCAUGAUGAAUCAAUCAUUCUAACAGGAUCAUGAUGGCCAUUUUUGUAGCCAUUGAUUGUUGAAUUGGAUGACCAUCUUGAUCAUUUAUAGAUUUAUUAGAUCAAGACACUUCUAUUGAUACAACAACGACAAUGGUUCAACAAGGACCAAAAAUCGAUGGUGAUGAACCACAAUCAUUGUUGAUUGAUAUUUCAUCCAAUACAGAUCGAUCGAUUUCUGAAUUGGAACAAUCAGUCAAACAAAUGUCAAUCAAAGAAGAAUCACCAUCAAUGAAAACUUGUGAUGAUUCGGUGAUUCAAACCGGUGGUACCAUUGAUAAAAAUCUAUUACAGCCUAAUAUUAUGACAACAUCGUUUGAUUCAUCAUUGAUGCAUUCUACAUCACCGGUUGGUAUGGCACAACAGCCACAAUAUUAUCAACAACAAAUACAAUAUUAACAUCAGAAAAAAUUGAAGAAAGACAAAAUGAAAUGCUUAAACAACAUGAAAUAGAACGGAU